AAAGAGAAAAUGCAUGCAUAGCUGUAGUUUGGUUUAUUUGUUCUACAAAACAAGCAAACUCUAGUCCAGUUCCUGUUCACACCAACUUUUUACAAAGAGGAGUAAUCAAGAUAAUGUAAAACAGGAGUACUGUUUCUUAAACAUUAAUUGGUUUCAAAAUUAUUAAAAUGUCUUCUUGACAUUAUAUUAAGUAAAUAUGAGUCACUGACAAAACAGGAAGUAAGUUUGUUUAAGUUAUUACUUUCUGUAAAACAAUCAUUUUCCAAUGUAGUCCCAGUUAGGUAGCCAGGUUGGCCUGCUUUUGUCCCACAGCUAAAUUGCACAGGCUAGUGUAUUUAAGUUUUCAUUCUUGGUGAACGAGAACAUUCUUCAGUUAAGCCCUUGGGUUGUUUGCUGUAUAUUUACAUUAACUCCUCAUGAAUUGGUGUCUCAGUCAUAUGUGCUUUCAGAGGAGAAAAACAACUGAUCUGCAAGAACACAGAUAUUUCUCUCAGGUUUAUGUCAGUCAUCAAAUCAAAGUGAGCGAGAAGAAGUUGCCAGCCCAUCUCCAAAGUAUCAAAUUCAGCUCAGCCUCGGGCGCAUAGUGCACAGACUCCUUGGAGACGCGUUGUCCUGUUGUACAGCCUAACCCUCCCUUUUCAUUUGCGCUUUGACUGGCUUGUUAUAUGACUUUUGAGGCGUGGCCAGCUGACAGGUGAGCUGAGGGCAUCCUUUUUUUCCAGCAUUAGUAGAUGCACACUGUGAGAUCCACAGUCAGGACUCUGAGGCCAUGAAGAAUUUUGAUGACAGUACAGCUUUUUUGGGUCUUUGGGGUCGUUUCCAACAGAUAAUCUUUUUCCUGCUCUGUGGCAGCAUCAUUCCUAAUGGAUUAACCGUGUUCUCUGUCGUCUUCUUGGCCGAUGCUCCCAGUCAUCAUUGUCUGAUUCCUGAGGUAAACCUUACACAGGACUGGCGCAAUGCUACCAUCCCAAUACAGAUGGUGAAUGGGAAACAGGAGCUGAGCAGAUGCAGCAGAUACAGACUGGAUGUGGUCAGAAAUCUCUCUGCUCAGGGGCUCAUUCCCGGCAUAGAUGUGAACCUCACAGGCCUGGAACAGGAAGGCUGUAUGGACGGGUGGAGCUACAGCAAAGACAUCUAUGAGUCCACCAUCGUCUCUGAGUUUGACCUGGUGUGCAGCGAGCAGUGGAAGCAGCCGUUCACCACCACAGUUUUGUUCCUGGGAAUUCUUCUCGGAUCCUCCAUCUCAGGGCAGCUUUCAGACAGGUUUGGAAGAAAGCCUCUCCUCUUUGCAACCAUAGCAGUUCAGACCAUUUUUAGCUUCGCGCAAAUCUUUUCACCGUCGUGGACAGUGUUCGCUGUCUUCCUCUUCAUCACGGGUUUGGGACAGUUCUCCAACUUCGUAUCUGCUUUUGUGCUGGGCGUGGAGAUCUUACCUGGAAAUGUGCGGGUCAUGUUCUCAUCCAUGGGUGUGUGUCUGAGUUUUGCCUUUGGCUACAUGGUGCUGCCUCUCUUCGCUUAUUUCUUAAGGGACUGGAAAUCUCUGCUGUUGGGUAUCUCGCUCCCUGGCCUGGUGUUCCUCCCCUGCUGGUGGUUAAUCCCAGAGUCUCCUCGAUGGCUAAUCUCUCAGGGACGUGUGGAAGAGGCAGAAGCUGUCAUAAGAAAGGCUGCCAAGAUCAACAAAAUUGAGGCUCCUCAGGUCAUCUUUGAAGAUUACAGUGCACAUGCCAAAGAGACAAAGACACGCUCUAAGAAACACAACAGUGUCCUCCAGCUGCUCAGUACGAGAAAUGUUCGAAAGACAACUGCAAUUCUGUGUCUGCUGUGGUUUAGUCACAGCGUCGGUUACUUUGCCUUGUCCCUGAACACAUCACAACUUUAUGCUGACCCCUAUCUCAGCUGCUUCAUCUCAGCCGUGGUAGAGAUACCAGCAUACAUUUUCAUAUGGCUGAUACUGCUGUACUUUCCACGACGACUGUCUGUCAUCAGUAUCUUUCUCCUCGGAGCAAUGUCACUGUACUUCAUCCCACUGGUGCCUCAAAGUCUGUCGUAUCUGUCUGUUGCUCUGGAGAUGCUGGGUAAAUUUGCUGUCACAUCGUGUUCAGCUCUGAUGUAUACCUACACUGCAGAGCUUUACCCAACGGUGCUCAGGAACACAGCCACAGGGGCAUGCAGCACAGUUUCCAGAGUAGGAAGCUGCAUCACACCUUUCUUGUUGGAACUGAAAUUCUACUUUAAGCACCUGCCUUAUAUCAUAAUGGGGACUCUGGCUGUUGCGUCUGCCUUUGCGGCUUUCUUCCUGCCAGAGACCUUUAGACGACCUCUACCUCAAACUAUUCAACAGAUGCAUAAGGCAGAAAGAACAAGACCGGAUAUGCCCGACUAGAUGUCCACAGCAGACCCACUGAUGAUACCAUCACAAUGGCUGUCAACCAAGCACCAACCUCAGGUAAGUGUAUGAAGUGUCCGUUAAAACAAAGCUCUAUGUGGUGAUUGUAUCGAUUUUUAAAGCGGCUACAAUCAGUAUUUUUACUAUAGAUCAAAUGAUAAGAAGGAGGGACUAACGGGGACCUCGGUGUGAAUUAUCACCAAGCUGUAGCAUCUUCCAGCUCAUUGUUUUCUGGUUUUGCUGUGUUUUUAUUUAAUGGAGAGUUAACACAGGACUUAGGUUCAUCAUGGAUUACUUUCUGCUGGAUGUGUGAAUAGUGACCGUAACUGCUCACAGGUUUACAACUACUUUCCGCAGCUCUGAAGUGGCCCAAACAUAUGUAUGAAAUGUUAACAGUACAUAAUGUUUAAAGAACAGUUGCAAUACAUGGUCUUCAAGGCAGAAAGGAGAUAUAAGGAGGGUUUCAAGUGUCUUAAUGACAAGUUAGGAAGAAGGAAAAGGCUGAAGUUAUUUAGAGAAACGAGGCAGAAAUGCGACUAGCUGAGAGAUUUAUAAGACAGUUAAUUGAGCUGUGAUGACACACAUUUGAUCAUAAAAACAUUUGGCUUUUGCAUACAAGUCCUUCAAAAUGACAUUCAAGGUUAUCCACUUGCUAUGAUUGGCUAACAACUUCUUUUUUUUCUGCAAGGCAAAAUACACACAGUUCAGACUCUGCAAGGAAGUGUGUACAAGAAAAAUACAGAUAUACUCUGCUGUUGGCUGUUACAUAAUUCUGAUUUGGACGUUAUUCGCAGGCUUCACAGCACCUGACAGGUCAUUAUUUGUUGUUAGUGAAAUGGGCUGACAUGUGGUCGCAGGUGAUGCAUGAACAGGCGCCACGCUGUGUGUGCAUGUAUGUGUGUUAGUGGAAGUGUAACCAUGUGUCUGCAGUGUACAGUACGUCCGCAUGUGUGUGUUUUGUUGUGUGUAUUUGUGCGUGCGGGGUCGCUGUACUGAAUGCGGUGGGACAGCAGGAACUCACCAGACCAGCCACAGCGUGACAGAGAUCCAGCGAAUGUUUUGAGAACGGAGCAGGUCACAGAUGUUUUGUGCCUUCCUCCUCUCAGAUUGAAGUUCCUUCUGCGGGGCAGCAGAGCAUGUGGAACAACAAACACUUAACUAGCAGAGCCAUCAGUCUGGAAAUAAUUUCGUUAGAGAGAAGCUUAUGAAUGCAUGGCCGCUUGGUGAGUGGACACAUGCAUGUGCACAUGAGUGCAUGUAUAGGACCCAAAUGCCAGGAUCAGGAUUAAGUGAGGCAAAAACAAUGUGCAAUGAAAAGCUGAGCAGACAAAGAAGCUUGUAAUAAGUAUAAAUAGCGCUAGACAGAUAAAUUGGCAAAAUUAUAGCUUAUUGCAUAUAUCAGAGUAUAUGUGGGCUGAUAAGUAAGAACAGAAACUAGGUCUGAGGUCAUUUAGAAACAGUGUCAAAGUAUUACUUAGUUUGUCCACCAGAGAGCACUGGUUUAUUUCUACGCUGUCCCACUUGGUAUCUACCUUUGGUCUCAGUUCUUUAAAA